GUUACUCGUUUGUUACGGUGUUAAAGUGUUAUACAAUUUGUAUUCUUAUUCUUGUAUUUGUUAAAAUGAAAAGAAGCUAUCAAAGUGGGGCAAAGAAAAGGCAAGACAAGAAGAAAAGAGAAGAGGAUGCUUCAAAGUGUUCUUCCACCCUAUCUGCUUGGUUAUGUCCUACUACUAGUACUACUACAACUAAAAGUACUAAUGUCACAUCUACAUCUAGUACUGAAACUAGACCAAUAAUUGCCUCAGUCCCAGGAAAUGAGAUUGAAGAGGAAGUUACAGCUCAAGAUAACGCUGAAGAAAGUAUUGAUGAAGAAGUAACAUGCCUAGGGCUAGGGCAUCAACAAGAAAAUUGUGCCAAACCUCCAACAAGUCCUACGUCAAGCAGUGAACUGAUCGGCGUAAAUGAUCAAGUGGAAUGUAGCCGGACGAAUAAAAUUAAUGAAACUUGUUUAAACACCGGAGAACCCCAUUUUCCAGACCAGAUCAUCGAUCCAGAGGUGAAAAAAACGAAUUAUUGAAUUAGGACUAGGACCCUAUCAACCAGUUGGCCCAUUUCCAUAUGAUGGAAAACAAGGUAGGUCCUUUUCAGACAAUUAUUUUACCCUGAAGUCAAAGUCUGGGCUCAAACUGAAAAGAACUUGGUUGUGCUAUUCGUCCAAAUUGGAUUGUGUUUAUUGCCAACCUUGCUGGUUGUUUCCCCAGAAAGGACCUGUAGGAGGAUGGGAUUCAGGAUUAAGGGACUGGAAACAUUUGUCUGAUCGCAUAAAGACACAUGAGAAUUCACAGCACCAUGCUGAUUCCUGCUUGGUUUAUGAGCAAUGGCGACGUCAUGGCUCAAUAGACGAUGCACUAGAAAAAGGUUUGAAGGAGGAGCGGAAUUUUUGGAGGAAAGUUUUGAAGAGGGUCUUAGAUGUCUCCCUUAUGUUGGCAACAUGCAACCUUCCUUUUCGU